GCACCAUCAGCCAGGAAGUUGAGUAUGCUGUGUCUGGAGAGAAGGAUGCUGGGACUUGUAGCCUUCAUAGGGGGUGACCUCCAUGCUACGUCUGGGAGACUCCUGAGAUGCACCUUGAAGUCUUCAGCAGUCCAACAGACUUCUGGCUCCACACACCACCUCCAGAUGGCGUGGCUCUCCUCACAGGCACCUGUCUGUGGACACCAUACCCCUAAACAUAGGACAGGGCUGUAUGGGCCUUUUACACACCCACAGCAGACACUGGGGAGUUCCCGUGGCCCCCUCUCCCUCUUUACCCAGAGGGCCGCCCUCUCCCAGGGACCCAACACCUCCACAGCCAAUAUCAGGCUGCAAACACGGCUGGUGGUCACCCUGCUGUUCGGCGGGGGUCUGCUUGGCACCUGGUGGUACGUGCGUAACGAGAAGCAGCAAAAUCACCGAAUGCAGCGUAUAGAGCAGUUGAAAAAGGUGACCCUGGGCCAGGGAGACUUCAGCCUCCUUGACCACAGGGGGCACCGCAGGACCAAGAGAGACUUCCUGGGUAGCUGGGUGCUCCUCUACUUUGGCUUCACCCACUGCCCUGACAUUUGCCCCGAUGAGCUGGAUAAGAUAUCUGCUGUGGUCAGCACUCUGGACAAGGACCCGUCUCUCCCUCCGGUCCAACCGCUGUUUGUGACGGUCGACCCGGAACGAGACGACGUGGCGGCCCUAGAGAGGUACGUGAAGGACUUCCACCCCCGGCUGAUCGGCCUGACGGGUACCCCAGAGGAGGUGAAGGUGGCGGGGAAGGACUACAGGGUGUACGCCAGCGCUGGACCUAAGGAUGAGGACGGGGACUAUAUAGUGGACCACACCAUCCUCAUCUACCUGGUCAACCCAGAUGGACUGUUCCUGGACUAUUACAACAGGAUGAAGGAUGACGUGCAGAUUGCUGAGAGCAUCAGGAACCAUAUGAAGAGCUACGUCAAACUCCCUGAGUGAAUGACUGUAACCACGCCAACAAGACUAUCAAAGACCUAUAGUAUGGUACAUUUAGGCUGAACCCAAAGUCCAGAUAACAAUAAUCCUCCAUCAGAAAUGAGGCCCUGUGUUGAAUUAUUCCCAGACCAGACUGAAGCACAACAAUAUGGACGCUUCACCGAGGCUAUGCUGAUUCUGUGUGUGCAAUAAAUUGUUUUUGUCUGACACUGAGAAUUACCUGGAUAUGAAAUUAUCUUUAUACUAGUCUUUAGUGAAGGGCCCUGGUCAUUAGUAGGUGUUACAAUAUUGAAAGUGUCUUCAUAUAAUCUUAGUAAAAUCCACACGCUCAUGUUUUGUUUUAUACACAUUUUUGGCCAGAGUAAAACAAGUAUUUUCCCUUACAAACCAGUUAAACAAUUUCCCAAUUUAGGUUAUAUUCUCUUGAAUGAAAGUAGAAAAAGGAUUAAGGUUUUCUUAAAAGCUCUCUCAUCUGAUAUAGAAAACGUAUGUCAUGACAAACAUUGGGAAAAGGGUGAUAUUCUUAGGGUUAGUCAAUUAACACUACCAACACACCCUGAGUGCGACAUUUGGUAAAUAUCUUGUGUAGAUGCAGUUGAAAGAGAUAAAAAGAGCUUCUUUCUCUUGAGAUAACCAGAGGAAUACACAGACAUACAGAGACACCAAAGAUCAAACAAUAGACAGGAGGUUUAAAUUAAAUAAGAGCAAGUACGUGAGUGAGCGAGAGAAUGGGUGCAGCCAGGUCAUGAUGAUAGAGCAGGUCAGUACUAGUGGUCCGGUAGGCACAAGUGGCGUCACACACAGGAGUGUGUACCACGUUUCAGAGUAAUGUUCGGGUGUGUAAGUCCCCUGUAGCUCAGUUGGUAGAGCAUGGCGCUUGCAUCGUUUCCCACGGGGGGCCAGUAUGAAAAUGUAUG